GCAUCAGUGACUAGCUGCUGUUGCUGCCGUUUGGGUUCUUCCUUUUCUCCUCCCGCUUGCAAUUCUCAUGCGGGAGGGAGGGCAGUGCAGGUGGAAAAGGGAGGAGGAAGGAAGUGCCAAAGCCAGGAGGAGCCGCAGCCGCUGGGCUGAUCAGGAGAGCCUUUGCAAGAGGAGGAGGAGGAGGAGGAGGAGGCAGGAGAAGACAAGAUCCUGCCCUUCUGACAGCUGCUGAACCAGCUGUUACUGCUGGACCCGCAUCCUCUGCCCCGCGAGGAGGAUGCGGUGUUGUGACACUCAGUAGCCACAGAGCUCCGUAGGAAAGCAGAGAGAGGUUAUGGUCCAAAUAGCAUUCUUUCUGUCGGGAGAAGGUGAAGCAAAGAGGCAGAGAGACGUCGCUGAAGCAAAAGGCUGCCUUGUGCAGGAGAAGAAUUAGCUAGGAUUGCAAGCCCAGAUUUCCCUUGGCCAGCAUGUUACGUUCGGCGGCUCUGCUUCUCCUCUUUGUGGUCUUCCGGCUGUUCCUGGGGCUGCCAUGGAUCCAGGUGGUCCCGGCUCUCUUAAUAUUCUACUUGGGAUCUGGAGGAUGGACUUUCCUUCGCAUCGUCAUCUUGACAGCCAAACGGGAUGUUUCGACUGGAUACGUUGUCCUCUUGACUCGGUUGAAGGUUUGGUGGUACGUGAAGCACAAGUACACAGUUCCAAAGCUCUUCCAGCAGGCAGCAUGCAAGCAUCCAGGAAAAGCAGCCCUGAUUUUCCAGGGGACAGGCGAGACGUGGACCUUCCAAGACCUGGAUAACUAUUCCAACCAGGUGGCCAACUUCCUGUAUGAAAGAGGCUUCCGCUCUGGGGAUGUCAUCGCCCUGUUCAUGGAAUCCCGCAACCAGUAUGUUGGUCUCUGGCUCGGCAUGGCCAAGAUCGGUGUGGAGGCUGCCCUCCUCAACUCUCACGUGCGGCAGGAGUCGCUCCUUCACUGCAUCAACAUCUCGCACUCAAAGGCCGUCAUGUUUGGAAGCGAGUUGGCUGAUGCCUUGCGGGAAGUGCAGCCUUCUCUUGGGAAGUCCAUUCACCUCUUCUGUUCUGGCGACUGGAAAGCGGAAAGCAUGCUGCCAGGCUCAGAACAUCUGGACCCUUUGAUUGAAAAAGCAUCUUGCCAGUCACCAACUCCCCCAGACAAGGGAUUCCUAGAUAGAUUGUUCUACAUCUACACUUCAGGCACAACUGGGCUGCCCAAAGCUGCAAUCAUUGUCCAUUGCAGGUAUUUCCGAAUGGCAGCCCUGGUUUUCAACGGCUUCCGCAUGCGACAGGACGAUGUGGUCUAUGACUGCCUCCCCUUAUACCACGCAGCAGGUAACAUUGUUGGGGUUGGCCAAUGCGUCCUGCAUGGGAUGACGGUCGUGAUCAGGAAGAAAUUCUCAGCUUCUAACUUCUGGGAAGACUGUGUGAAAUACAACUGUACGAUCGUACAGUAUAUUGGGGAGAUAUGUCGAUACCUGUUGAACCAGCCAUCUCAAGAGGUGGAGAGGAAACAUCGGGUCCGGAUGGCUUUGGGCAAUGGCCUGCGGGCUUCCAUCUGGAAGGAGUUCACUGAGCGCUUUGGCAUCCCCCAGAUAGCCGAGUUUUACGGAGCCACCGAGUGCAACUGCAGUGUGGGCAACUUUGACAACAAGCUGGGGGCUUGUGGCUUCAAUAGCAGGAUCCUUCCCAACAUUUACCCCAUCAACCUAGUCCGAGUGAAUGAGGAAACUAUGGAGCUGAUCCGGGGACCUGAUGGGCUCUGUAUACGGUGCAAACCAGGAGAGCCAGGCCAGCUGGUUGGGCGCAUUGUCCAGAGUGAUCCUUUGCAGCGCUUUGAUGGCUACUUGAACAAUGAGGCCAACAAUAAGAAGGUUGCCCGUGAUGUCUUCACCAAAGGCGACUGUGCCUAUCUCACAGGUGAUGUUCUGGUCAUGGACGAGUUGGGCUACAUGUUCUUCCGAGACCGCACAGGAGACACUUUCCGCUGGAAGGGCGAGAACGUCUCCACGACGGAGGUGGAAGGGAUGCUCAGUCGCAUCCUAAACAUGACAGAUGUCGUGGUCUACGGGAUGGAAGUUCCAGGAACUGAAGGGAAGGCUGGGAUGGCAGCAGUUGUGGAUCCAGACCACUCCUGUGACUUGGAGAGCUUUGCAGAGGAAAUGAAGAAGGCGCUGCCUGCUUAUGCCCGACCUGUUUUCCUGCGUCUGCUUUCGGAAGUGCACAAGACAAGUACCUUCAAGUUCCAGAAAAUGGACCUGCGUAAGGAGGGAUAUGAUCCCAAUGUGGUGAAAGACAAGCUUUAUUUCCUUGAGCCCCGGCAGUGCCGCUACCUCCCGUUGAACGAGGACAUCUUCAAGAGAAUCCAGUCAGGACAAAUGAAGCUGUGAAACAGCCCCUGAUCUUCUGCCCCUCUGUCUAGGGUAGGGUGGUGGGACUGGAGUUUGCAUAGGACAGGAAAAGCCAGUGAUGGUUAGAGAUUUAACAAAAUGGCGGCGGGGGGAGGGGGGAGGCACAGUGAGUUGUUUUUUUGGUUUCGUUUAUGAUUUGACCUGUUUUUGUAGAAGACGAUGGCCAAUGGCAGCCUCCCCCAACCUGGCGCUCUCCAGGAGUUUCGGACUAUAACUCCCAUCGUGAGGGGAGCUUGCCAUAUGGUUUGCAGGGGGACAGCUGGGGGCAGGGGGGGCAGGUUGAUGCAUACCAAAGCAUAGAAGCACUAUGGCUUUAUUUUCUACUUGGUUGGAACAGUGGCCGUGCUGUUUCCUGUUCCUCUGGGUUGAGCAUGCUAGGUCAGUGUGUCAGUUUCAAAGGCUCUGCCCUCCGGUUCCCCAAGCCCCAUCCACCACUCUGCAUUUAAAACAAUACCACACCAUUUUGAACAGCCAUGGCUCCCUCCCCGCACAAAGAAUUCUAGGAACUAAAGUUUGUUUAAGGUGCUGAGAGUUGUCAAGAUGCCGCCUAUUCCCUUGCCAGAGCUGAAGUCCCUCUUCACAGAGAACUCCGGGAAUUAUAGCUCUGUGAAGGGGUGGGCCUCAUAACAAAUUUUGGGACCCUUAGCAAACUACAGCUCCCAGGAUUCUUGGGAGGGAAACCCAUGACAGUUAAAAGUGGAACGGUACUGUUUAAAAUCUAUAGUGCGGACGAGGCCCUGAUCUCCCUUUGCCCCUUUUCUGUGUUUCCCCAUAGGACCCACAAGGGCUGCACUGCUUCAUUACGCCUCUAGGUGGUGCCAUUGUGCUUCCUUUCUCUGGGGUCCACCUUUGAUCCUUCUCCCUUGCCAUGGUUGUGAUUAUAACUUUUUAUGAGGAGAGAUUGUCUUUCUCGACUGCACUGUCCCUAGUUUGCGGAGUGGGCAGGAAGAGCACAGUGACUCAACUUAUUCCAGGGAUAUGGGUGGUGUGUUUGGUUGGGUUUUACUUUCACAAAUGGAUGUUUAUUUGUAUGUGCGGGUUUUCAUAUUAUUAUUAUUUUGCAAUUUAUUGCAAGUUCCAUUUUGUUUUUAAAGAAGCAGGAAAGGGUUAACGGCAAGCUUGCAAUUCUGCCUACAGUGCAAGCUGGUUGGCUUUUCAUUCUCCCCCCUCCAUUUUUUUGUACAGUAGUCUGGCCAACGGCAUCUCAUACUGUGUCUCACGUAUGAACACAGACAUCUUCAUUCCGCUUCUCCUACAGGGGUGGGGGAGCUUUAAAAGGGUCAGAGGCAAAAAUUCUCCUUUGGUCAGUUUCUUCAUCUGUUUGCUCAGCAGUUGUGUCUCAGUGUGAAUCCCACCUGUUUCUUAAGUUUUGCUAGGUGCCCUUUCCACCUCCUGCAUUUUCAGAAAGGGGUGUGUGUGUGCGCGCGCUUGCGCUUCAAAUUGCUCUUAAGUGAUUUUCACGAACAAAGAUAGAGGGGCAUGUUGGUUGCUUGGCUUCCUCAAACCCACCACUGACAAUGGCACAGUGUACUGUCAGGAUGGCACUAGGGUGCAUGUGCAAAUAAGACCCCAUGAAUGCAUCCCUGUUCCAGAGGAGCAGGUGCAUGGCACUUGUGGGUUGUUCAUUUUAUAUGCAUGGGGACAAGGGGGCCUGGUGCCAGCUGCCCAAGGCAGUCCAGAAGGCUCAGGGCCACCACAGGUUCCAUUUAAUUCCUUGCGUCACCAGGGUGGAGCCUUGCCUGAGAUGAAGUCCUGUUUGGGUGUGAGCCAGGUGAUCCCAUUCAUGCUAUGAUUCUAUCUCUCUACUUAGCCAUAGAACUGAAUGGCAGGACCCUUGCUGGGGAAAAGGAAGCCCAGCCUCAUCUCACUAGCGCCUAUCGGAAGUGUCAGUCCAAACGAUUGAUGAGUGCUUCAGUUCUUCUGCUAUGUGCAAUGUUUGCACACGUGCUGUGAGUUACUGCACACCUGUUUGGGAGAGGCCACAGCCCAGCUGUAGAGCAUGUGCUUUUGCAUAUAGAGACAAAGGUUGCUGCUUCAGUCUGUGGCAGGGCUGGGGAGAAUCUCUGCCUGAGACCGGGGAGGAGUUUGCUGGCCACACUGGACUUGGAUGGAGCAAUGCUUUGACUUCACACAAGACAGCUCCUUAUCUCUUAGUACUUUGCACAAGGGUGUGCAUUGGUGCCAUCCAGCAUAGCCGUGAACUUUCAGAUUUGAAAAUAAGGAAUCAGCAGCCUCACCUGUCCCAGGGACAGUCUACAGGAUAUCUAACAAUCCGGAAUAGCAGCGGGAAACGGCACUGGAAUAACCCGCAAAAAAAGGGAAGGUCGACAGCUAUGGCCAUCCAGGCAGGACUCUGGGGAAGGGAUCUAAGGACCCCCUCAGCAGGGCUGGCUUACCCUAUUUUGAAGUAAGUUCCUCCAGUCUAAAAUGACCUAAAUGUAGACGGAUGGGAGAAUAAUCUCAGCGUUUGUAGCAACCCAGGAGUUCUUGGAUCUAGUGCUAUCCUGCAAGGCAUAAGGUGUCUGCUCAGCUUCCUUUCAGCAACCUCCAAGGCAGGGGGUGGGGAGCCUGUGGCCUGUCAGGUGUCUUCCAGCUACGGCUCCCUUCAUCCCUCGGCUAUGCUGAUGGGAGCUGCGUUGCCACAGGACCCCUGACCCCACUCAGAGGAAGUCGGGGGCCCUUUGCUCUCUUGCUGCAGGCUGCUUUUGGGACUUCAACUAGCCAUUUGCCAGUUUUAAUGCCAAAGUCCUUGCCCAGAAAUAUUUUAGGUAGAAAAAACACCUCUGUUGUUUGUGAAUAGGGUAAUUGUCUUGGGAGUUGUAAAUCAGAAAGGGGAGGGCUGUAACCAAAGGCAUGCAGAAGGCAUGCAACCCCGGCCAUUGCCAGGUAGAGCUGGGAGAGAGUCCUGUCCAAAAACCCAGAGGGCCACUGCCAGUCAGUGUCACCAAUACUGAGCUAUAUGGACCAAUUGUCCGGCUCUGUAUAAGGCAGCUUCUUGUGUUCCCACUGCCAUCAGCCCAGGGUGGUAUCCAAGGGGGUUCUACUCAGAGUAGUCCAAUGGAAAUUAAUGAACCUGAGUUCGUCGUGUCCAUGAAUUUCAGCAGGACUGCUUUCACUAGCACUGACAUAUUGUAAGAUGCACCCUCUUCCCCAAAAUAAUGUUUAGCAGGUUGAAGUUGGAACAGUUUGCUUUGAACUGCAUGGUUUCUCCACAAGGGCAGAAAUCCAGUUUCUCUUGAGACACCAGCAUCACUUCCAGCCAAGUGACCUGUUCAUUCAGCACUCAUUCUGAUCUGUUUACAGAAAAUCUGCAGUGCACAAAAAUGAGAGUGACUUUUCCCAAUAGGCUUGGGCUGCACUUCUUUUCAGUGCAUUUCCCCUUCAGUUUCCUUAUUGCAAAAGUUAGGGCAGGGGGUUAGGAGCGGACAGCAGGUUUGUUGCGCAAGGGCAUGAAUGAAAUUUUAAUUUGCCGCCUGAAUUUGCCCACAUGUGUUUGGCUCCCCCUUAAGAAUAGCAACAGCCUAGGAAGCACUGGUGGUUAUUGAGGCAGACUAAACCUUGUCUGCUGGUCCUCCAAAAUAGGAACAAUCAAGCAUAGAGGGGCAGUGCUUGAAUUACUGGACUAGCGAGCACCUAUGUCAGAAGAACUUUAGGUGAUUCAAAAGCAGUGUAACUGCACCAGCUGAAGAUAUUUGGGAGCUCCAGUAAUGAUGUUGCCCUUCUUUGCUUUGUACUCAUGAGAGAUAGAUUUUGCUGCCGUUGCUUUGAGGGCUCUUUCGUGCCUCUAGAUUCCUCUGUCUCUGUCUCUGUCUCUCUCUGUCUCUCUCUCUCCGUGUGUGUGUGUGUGUGUGUGUGUGUGUGUGUGUGUACACUCACAUGUAUUGAUUUGGAUUGGGAAGCAAAUCAUAGGCCUGCCUUCUGGAUCUCCCCUGGUGUCAGAGCUUGACCUGCGAUUUCAGGGUUUUAGCCUCCUUUAUAGGGUCUUCACAUGGGUGAAAUAAAAAAAUCAAGACAAGGAGGGCAGAAGAGCAAAGAGUAAGGUUACCACAACUUCUGUCGUAGAGCUUUGGUAUGCUGAUGACAACGUAGUGUGCACGCGUUCAGAGGAUGACCUCCGAACCAUUCUAAAUGUCUUCGCAGAAGCUUACAAAAAGCUUGGCCUAUCACCCAACAUUCAAAAAACCAAAGUGCUGCACCAACAAGUACAAAACAACCCCUCUGCAGCGCCACAAAUCCAACUCAAUGGUGUAACGCUGGAAAAUGUCAAUCACUUCUCCUACCUGGGCAGUUAUCUUCCCACAAGGGCUAACAUUGAUGCCAAAAUCCAACAUCGCCUGAGCUCUGCGAGUGUGGCUUUCUCCCGAUUGAAGUGCAGAGUGUUUGAGGACCAUGACAGUUGCAGGGAAACCAAAAUGCUUGUUUACAAAGAUAUUGUACUACCAACCUUACUGUAUGCUUGUGAAACACGGAUCACUUAUGAACGCCAUCUCCAACUCCUCGAAAGAUUCCAUCAACAGUGUCUCCAAAAAAAUUUACACAUCACUUGGGAAGACAGGCGAACUAAUACCAAUGUACUGGAAGAAGCAAAGAUCACCAGUGUUGAAGCAAUGAUUCUUCAACAUCAACUUCGUUGGACUGGUCAUGUUGUGCGGAUGCCUGAUUAUCGUCUUCCAAAGCAACUAUACUAUUCCGAACAUAAAAAUGGAAAGUGUAAUGCUGGUGGUCAACAAAAGAGGUUUAAAGACUUUCUCAAGGCAAAUCUUAAAAAAUGUAGUAUAAACACUAAAAAUUGGAAAACACUUGCCUGCGAGUGCUCCAGUUGGACAACAGCCUUUACCAAAGUUGUCAUGGGCUUUGAAGACACUCGAACUCAGAACGCAAGGGAGAAAUGUGCAAAGAGGAAGGCACGCCUGGCAAAUCCACACAGUGAUCAGCUCCUGCCCGGGAACCAAUGUCCCCACUGUAGAAGGAUGUGUGGGUCCAGGAUUGGCCUCCAUAGUCACUUACGGACUCAUUGUUAAAACCGUGUUUAUGGAAGACAAUCUUACUCAGCUACGAGUGAUUGCCAGAGAAAAAGAAGAAGAGGCAACUACUUCCUGUGUGCCUGAGAGCUUUUGCUCUUCACUCUGCUCCUCCUACCCCACCAGUCAGGCACUUGCUCUGCCCUUGCUCCCCAAGCUGCACCCCUUCAUAGUUUAAGGCUAGGACACCUGAUGGCUCUGACCCAUCCCCACUACUGACCACAGACACUUGAGUGCAGUUAGGUGGUGGUCCAAAAUAAAGAGCACCUACAUACUGAGUCCUGUGGCUCUAGGAGGUUUUUUUUUGGGGGGGGGGGUUGCACAGUAUGGGCAAGAUUCCCACAAUGGGCAUUUCACCUUCCCAGGGACCUACUGCUUACUCACUUUCCCACUCUGGGCCUAAUCCAUGUAACUGCUGCAAAGAGGGCAAGCUAAGAGGCAGUUCAUUUCACUUUGAGAAUCAGCUCCCACCACUUUGAGUUGGGAUAUUUGGGGGCUUCUUUUAAAACCACCUUGCAUGAUUCGUUGGGUGAACUUCAUGCACUUGUUGCUUUCCCCCUCCCCUUCUCCCCAAUGUGCUGUGUUUUUAAUGUGCUCAAUCAGGUAGACUAUUGAAGGCAGCAAAGAACAAGCUUUUCCUAGCCAACCUUGUGUCUUAACUGUAGCCCCGAAUACCAGAUGAUGCAGCCCGAGAGGUCUGCUUGCAUUCCUCUUUAUUGCAGCCUCCCCCAACCUGGUGUCCUCUGGACAUUUUGGAAUCCAGUUCCUAUCAGCCCCGGCCAGCAUGACCCAAUGGCCAACGGUGAUGGAAGUGGUAGAGUGUUGGGUGGGGGAAAGGCUGUUGUAGCGCAUAUGACUCUGGUGCAGGGAGGAAGACCCAAGAGUUUUGUGCUGGUGACAUUGAAAUCCAGGCUGCGUUCCUGAAGACAGAGUUAGUUACAGGCAUGUCUUGCAUGAAUGGGUCAUACACAUUUUUAAAGUAGGCAUGGAGAACAUUUGCGGUUCUCCAGACGUUGGUCUUCCCAACUCCCACCUGCUGCAACCAGCAUGGCCAAUACUUAGGGGUGAUAGGAGUUGUGUCUGGCAGGCUCCUGAUGCUUACCAUCUCUGUUUCUUAGAACAGGACUACAUAAGGAUAUUCUCCCCAUGCCUCUAGAGUUCUGGUAAACUGAAGCUUCCUUUGCAUCAUAUGGUGCAAGUAGCCAAAAUGCACCAUGGUGAAACGAAGCAUCCACAAGAGUGCUGUGAAGGUUCUUCUUGCCCCAGCUACUGAAUGGGCUUCAGCUUGGGAGAUUUUGGUGGCUGAAGUACAGACAAUUAAAAUGGGUCUUUUUACUAAUUAUCAUGGGGCACAGGGUCUGCCAUGCUCUUUGGUGAACCUCAAUCAGUUGGUCCCAAUGGGAGCUUCUCUCUUUCUCUGGAUUUAACAGCAAUUGUGAAUUGUGUUUGACUGGGCGGGGGUUGCUUGUACUUUGGUGCAGGAGGAAAGAAUACACCCUCUCCACGUGUGGUGAUCCAGAUAGCACUGGGCCCAUUCCCGUACCUGAUAUCAACUUCUCUCUCUCUCUAUUUUAAAGAAGGCACAACAGCAAGUUUAGUAUCCGGCUUGGCCGGCCCUACCAUUGGAUACCCAAAGCCUGAUGCCUGAGGUGGCUGCUUCUGGAACUGCCCAAAGAACACAGUUGAUUAGGCAGUACCAAAAUGUCUAAAUAACUAAAUACAUUGCCUCAUAGUAGAGCCAAUUCUGGAACAAAUGGUGCAAGAGUUAAUGGCAGCUCCCAUCAGCCCCAGCCAGAGUGACUAAUGGCCAAUGAUGAUGAGAGUUGGAGUCCAGCAACAUCUGGAGGGCUGCAGGAUCCCCAGUCCAGAGUCAGGCUACUGUGCCUUCUUGCUGCUUCCUUGAUUAUGCUGCUCCCUUCAGGUUGAUCCACAAACAAGCAGUAUUUCGUGUGUGUGUGCAGUUGUGCACAUGACCACGUGGAGAACUUGUGGAUGGAGUGACUGUUUACAGAGGGGCAGCUGUUUAGAGCACACACUUUUCAGGCAGAAUGUUGGAUCCUAGAUGCUUCCAGUUGAAAGGAUCUGGAAGCAUUUCUGCCUUGCACCCUGGAGAGCUGCUGCUAGUGACAUAGAUCCUCCAGGAAUAAGAGAGCACAUAACUUGACCAUGAAUGAAGUAGCAUCCUAUGCUCUGAAUUCUGCUUGUGUGUAUGUGUGUAAACAGUAGAGGUGUGCAACUGUGCUCUGCUGGGACCAAAUAAAAAGGUGAGCCGGUGGUUUUACCCAA